UGGUCAAAGGCAUUGCAGCAGGCCUUCGAAAAACAUCUUGCCCGCCUCACCGCAUCUGCUAAUUUCCUGCUUUCUUGGGUCGAUAAUCCAGAGUGGCACGCCUUCUGCCACGACUUUAUUCCUGCUGCAAAGGUGCCCUCUCAGUAUACGAUGGCUCGACAUCUUAUUCCUCAGGCGGUGUCAGAGCUUCGUACUGCUGUGAAGCAAGCUGUCAAAGGUCAUGAAUCGACACUUCAGGCCGAUGGCUGGACAGGAAUAAAUAAUCAUCACCUUCUAGCCUUUAUGAUCACGACACAGACAAAGAUACAUACAGUUAAUGUUUACGACGUCUCUAAGGAGCGUAAGACGGCCAACAAGCUUCUCGAAAAGCUUGAGGAAGUAAUAAAGAAUGUUAAUGACUCAUGGGGCUCAAAAGUCAUUGCGGUUGUGACUGACGCUUCUGGAGAG